CGUAGAUACACGAUGCAUGCUGCCUAGACUGAUAAGUUAUCGCGCCGUUUAAAGCGCUCGUUUAGACCCAAUACUAAAAAUGGAAAACAUAACCGUGUUUCCAGACUACGUCUACAUUUCAGGAAACAUUACCCAUGUUGAGGUGGCUCCAUACGUACCUGACUGGUUUAAGGCUGUUCUAAUCCCGGCGCUGUUCAUCUGCAUAUGCGUCGGUGGCCUUACCGGCAAUGGUAUAGUGCUGUAUGUGUUACUUCGGUGCUCGGGCAUGAAAACCGCUCCUGAUGUAUAUAUUCUUAAUCUCACGGCGGCCGACCUGCUCUUCAUGAUUGGAAUACCAUUCCUAGCGUACACGUACGCGAUAGACCGUCAGUGGUACCUCGGAGAAGUCAUGUGCAAGAUCAUAUUCAGUAUAGACGGCAUGAACAUGUAUACAGGUAUUUUCCUAUUGACUGCUAUGAGCGUAGAUCGCUACCUUGCUGUGGUACAUGCCAUUUGGUCUAUUAAAUAUCGAACCGUGUUUGUUGCUAAAUUAGUUUGUGGCAUUCUAUGGAUUACAUCGUUUUUGCUCACUCUUCCAUUGUGGGUAUAUAUGACUGCUAUCGAGGUUCCAGAUGAGUAUGGAAAUGGUUCGACCACAUUCUGCUAUGUUAGUUGGGGCGUUGAUGGUGAUACGUACAUGAUAUGCUCUUUUAUCAUCGGUUUCGCGGUGCCUCUCGCAGUUAUUUGUUUGUGUUAUAUACAAAUCCUAACGUUUCUAGCUCGAGGUACUCGGCCCGGCAGAGUAGGACACGGUUCAUCAAAACUCGGCAGAGUAGGUCUCAUCGUAAUUUUAGCAGUUGCUUUGUUCACCAUAUGUUGGCUGCCCUUCUGGGUCACGCAAUUAUUGCUGCUCGCACCUAACUACACGCCAACGUCCGCAUACGAAUUUGCGUGGACACUGGGGUUCUGCUUUCAAUAUUUGAACAGCGCACUCAACCCACUCGUCUAUACUUGCGUGCGGGAAGAUUUCCGCCAGAACUUGACUAAAAUAUGUUGCGGAGUCAAGUACGCGGAGGCGUCGAGGGAGAGACGAAUGUCCAAAAGACUGGCGUCACGCAGUGGAUUGACCAAUGAGCAUGGAUGUAAAACUCAUUACCAAAUAGAUGAAACUGGUAAAACAACCACCACUAUGAUAGUAAAUUUGAACUCUUGUUCGCAUCUCUGAGUUAACGUUCAAUUCGAAAUAGACAAACAACUGAUAAGCCCGCCCGUGUGAAUAUGUGUAUAUUAACUUGUUCUUCAGAAGAAAAAAAAAUUAUAUCAGUCAACAAUUAAGGAAUGUUCUCAACAAUAUGCCGAUUUUCCUAUUAAUCCGCUUUCAAUUAUGUUUCUGCUGUCUAAUGCGGAAACAUGCUUUCUAGAUAAGUGCAUAUUCUUCGAUUUAUACAUGAUUCGAUUAACGUUGUAGAAAAACGACAAUUACCAUAUAUCAUUCAGUUACACAUGAUAGGUCAGGGCGUAUAUGUGUAAGUACACUGGUAGUAAUGGUACGUAUACAGUGUCCAUUUAUAUGUACAAGAGAACGCUAAUGAACCGUUUGCUACUUGCCGACAAUAUACAUUCUAGGAAUAUCUGGUCCAUCUAUACGUCUUCUUUCUUAACUUGUUUCUUAAGUUACUUGAUUCGGUAAUGUAAAUCCAUCAGUUUUGUAUUUGUCACACAGACGUGUGGAUGUUUUAUUUUCGUGUUUGCAAUCAAGUGUGGCUGUUUGUCACGAGCUAUAUGUGAUGUAUACGCACCGAGUCAGGUUGUUAUAUUAUAUGUACAAUACGGGCGGCGUACUGCACGUACAAAGGUAAUGUUAUUUUGAAAUAAAUUUUUCCCCAUUCAAGUAUCAUUUUCUAGUUUCUCUUAAUCGCAGGCUAUGAAGUAUCGGCGCCUCGCAACACUCUUAUUUCAGUUUGGAGUCAGGCACUACCUGUCUGUAUCCACUUGAAACACUCAACACAGUCUAUAGUGAAAUUAACAUUCCUUUUUCUAUACUCACUCUAUGUGUCUCUAAGAAACGAAUACAGAUCGUCGGUCGGCUGUUGAUUCGUCGAAAAAUUUGUUAUAUAUUUAUUUAUUUUUCGAAUUCCUGUUUUGAAUCAAAAUUAGGUGAGAAACAAUUUUAUAUGAAUGAUAAUACUGUUUCCACAUAUCAAUGUGUUGUUUUGUGUUAUGAUCCGCAAUGACACAAUCACGCAUAGCCAUUCAACAUCACUCAUUGUCGUAUUUACCAAACAAUGUAAUACAACUGUUACGUAGUGACACAUGUAGCGAGUAGGUCAGCUGUUAUGAACGGAUUAGUACAUCGUGUUAUCCUCGUUCUCAAAUGAGAUAUUAAAAUAAAUCAAACACCAUUUUUUGUUUA